AUGCAUCUCAUCUCUCGCGCCGUUUGGUCCCUCGUCGGCUCCUUAGCCUGUUUUGGAGCAACUGUCGCCAAUGCCGCCGGUGUAGUGGAUAUGGGAGUCGUCUUCCCGCGCAUCAACGAGACAUAUGCACUGACCGACUGGUUUCCCGUCGUAUUUGCGGUUCAAAAUACCGAGCUGGCCAAGAACCUCAGAUUCUCUAUCUCCAGCUUCGUUCGCAGUGGCCCCGACCUCAACGGCGGGCUCGCCGGCGCAGACGCUAUCCACAAACUGCAAAAUGCCAACUACACCAGCGAUCCCUAUCUUGUGUACCACUACCUCAAAAUAGUCGAUGAAGGGCCCUACGAGCUGUUUGCUUCCGUUAUCUGGGGAAGCUGCGAUGAAAGCGGCGAACAGCCCCUCUUCCUCGGGAACAGCACCAACUUGGUUGUUCGCUUCAAUGUCAAGAAAGAUGGGCAAAAGGUUGAUCUCGUCGCUGCUACGGCCGCUGAAGGGCAGUCGUGCCCCAAACAAGGCUUUGGCCUGAACGUCACCGAUCAAACGCGAGAAGUUUCUCCGACUUUGGAUAGUCGAGUUAAUGGUACUUGCGCAGUCUUGGCCUCCCCUUCUCCGACUACAACUGGAAAUCCCUGUCGGGUUAGAAUCGACGCAGACGCCAAUGCGAGCAUGUCCGCCGCUUUGCAUACCGCAUUGUGUAAAGGCUUGAACCCACCUGCUGAUUGCCCAAAAGAGAAUGCCGCUGCCCAUCAGUUGGUCGUUGCGGGUGUUGCGAGCCUCGCAACUGCUUUCGGCGCCAUUGGUUUCCUUCUUUCCUCAUUCAUGUAA